UGUAAGGUCCACCAAGAGUAGAGUUAGAGUUGUAACUUGUACAACACAGGCAAGAGUUAGAAAUAGUGCAUCCAUUUUCAUCCCAGAAAAUGUAAUAUCCUGUGAGGACGCGUGGUGGCGCUGCAGGAUAAGAAGGUACAAACCGGAACCGCAGCUGCGGCUCCAUUAAAGACAAAACUUAACCAGCAGAGCCUGGAAGCCCACUGGGAAGCUAGGGCGCCACAGAAGAAGGACUGGGUCCUCUAGAAAGGACUGCUCACUGGGAUAUUUCCGAGGCAUCCUGUGCAAUAUUCAGUCUCAGAUACUGAGUUCUUCACAGCUCCGCGGAGCCAGCCUCGCCAGAGGCUGUACCAAGCAAGAACAAUGGAGGCCAGCAGGAAGCUCAUUUGCAGACAAAGGCAAGUCCUUUUCCUUUUUCUCUUCUUGGGCUUAUCUCAGGCGGGCACGGAACCUAGGCGCUAUUCUGUGGUGGAGGAAACUGAGGGGAGCUCUUUUGUAACCAAUUUAGCAAAGGACCUGGGUCUGGGGCAGAGGGAACUCUCCAGGCGGGGGGCUAGGGUCAUUUCCAAAGGGAACAAACUGCAUCUGCAGCUGGAUCAGGCGACCGGGGAUUUGUUGCUAAAUGAGAAACUGGACCGCGAGGAACUGUGUGAUCACACAGAGCCCUGUGUGCUGCGUUUCCAGGUGUUGCUAGCGAAUCCCUUAGAGUUUUUUCAAGCUGAGCUGCAAGUAAUAGACAUAAAUGACCAUGCUCCGGUGUUUGUGGAAAGAGAUAUGGUGCUAAAAAUAUCGGAGAGCAGUCCUCCUGGAACUGCAUUUCCUCUGAAGAACGCUCAGGACGAAGAUGUAGGCCGAAAUAAUAUUGAGAACUAUAUAAUCAAUCCCAACUCCUAUUUUCGGGUCCUCACCCGAGAACGAAGCGAUGGAAGGAAAUAUCCCGAGCUGGUGUUGGACAGAGCGCUGGAUCGAGAGGAGGAACCUGAGCUCAGGUUAACCCUCACGGCGCUGGAUGGUGGCUCUCCACCGCAGUCUGGCACCGCUCAGGUCUACAUUGAAGUCGUGGACAUCAACGAUAACGCCCCUGAAUUUGAGCAGCCUUUCUAUAGGGUACACAUCCCUGAGGACAGUCCCAUAGGUUUCCUGAUUGUCAAGGUCUCUGCUACGGAUGUAGACAUAGGAGUCAAUGGAGAGAUUUCCUACUCACUUUUCCAGGCUCCAGAAGAGAUUAGGAAAACCUUUGAGCUCAACCCCCUGACAGGAGAUAUUCGACUGAACAGACAACUUGAUUUCGAAGCUAUUCAGUCCUAUGAGGUCAUUGUUGAGGCUAAAGAUGCCGGAAGCUUGUCUGGAAAAUGCACCGUUCUGACUCAGGUCCUGGAUGUGAACGACAAUGCUCCAGAAGUCACCAUGUCUGCACUUACCAGGCAGAUCCCUGAGAAUUCACCGGAGACGGUGGUUGCCCUGUUCAGUGUUUCUGAUCUUGAUUCGGAAGAAAACGGGAAAAUAAGUUGCUCCAUUCAGGACAAUCUACCCUUUCUCCUAAAAUCUUCUUUGGAAAACUUUUACACCCUAGUAACAGAGGGACCGCUGGACAGAGAGACCACGGACGAAUACAACAUCACCAUCACUGUCACCGACAUGGGGACCCCCAAGCUGAAAACUGAGCACAACAUCACCGUGUUGGUGUCUGACGUCAACGACAACGCCCCCGCCUUCACCCAAACCUCCUACACCCUGUUCCUCCGCGAGAACAACAGCCCCGCCCUGCACAUCGGCAGCGUCAGCGCCACAGACAGAGACGCGGGCGCCAACGCCCAGCUCACCUACUCGCUGCUGCCGCCCCACGACCCGCAGCUGCCCCUGGCCUCGCUGGUGUCCAUCAACGCGGACAACGGCCACCUGUUCGCCCUGAGGGCGCUGGACUUCGAGGCGCUGCAGGCGUUCGAGUUCCGCGUGGGCGACGCGGCCAAGCACAGGCUGCUGGUGCUGGUCAAGGACAAUGGCGAGCCCGCGCUGUCUGCCAGCGUCACGCUGCACGUGCUGCUGGUGGAUGGCUUCUCGCAGCCCUACCUGCCGCUGCCGGAAGUGGCGGCCGACCAGGCGCAGGCCGACCCGCUGACCGUGUACCUGGUCAUCGCGUUGGCGUCGGUGUCGUCGCUGUUCCUGUUCUCGGUGCUGGCGUUCAUCGCGGUGCGGCUGUGCAGGCGGAGCAGGGCCGCCUGGGUGGGUGGCUGUUCGGUGCCUGAGGGCCACUUUCCAGGCCACCUGGUGGACGUCAGCGGUACUGGGACCCUGUCCCAGAGCUACCAGUAUGAGGUGUGUCUGAUGGGAGGCUCAGGGACUAGCGAGUUCAAGUUUCUGAAGCCUAUUGUGCCCAAUUCCCAGGGCCAUUACCCUGGGGCAGAAUUAGAAGAAAACCCUGACUUCAAGAAUGACUUUAGUUUUAGUAUUCAGUGACCAUAAUUGUUUAUCUUUUUCCAGCUACUUCAAUUGGUAAAUUCAAGGUGAUGAGUUAUUUUUGGCACCUAUUAUGAAUUUUUAAAUUAUACUAAGCUUCCUUGCACGUUUUCUUACAUUAUUCCUUUCUUUUAAAUAAUGGUAUUUUAUCAUUUCUUCAUUAGUAUAAAAGAUGAGUGGUCCUAAAACUUGCCUCUCAAAAACUGAUGAAGUUAAUAAUUGUACAAAUCCUUGUUCUAGGAUAGCUUUAGAAUAUAUUAGGAAAAAACAGUGAAACGUUAAUUCUAUAUAUAUAAUUGACUGUGUUUUCUUGAGAAUUUUAUAUUAGUUUUUAAUUAUUGGUUAUAUAAGAGAAGUAAUGCACUAACACUCACGGGGAAGUAUGCCUAACCAGGAAGGAAAGAGAACUGGCACCAUGAGAAUUUGGCUCAUUUUAUUCUGCUCUACUAGUACUAUCUUUGAUAUUGUUUUCUCUUAAAAUGUUAUAUUUACUAUGCUUUCUUUCAUUAAUCUACCUCUGUUAGUUUUAAUUUCAUUAUUUUAAUUACUUUUCAUUUUGUUUCAUUGAUGUUCAAAGGAGGGGGAAAGCUACAUCGUGUUUAUCCAGUGAGAUGAAAUAGCAAAGCAGCAAAUUUGGCUUUUCCCAUUUGAGAAACAUUGAGUACCCAUGACAAAAAAUACACUGGCAAGCCAAUAUCCAUUCAUUUUUUCUAGUUUCUAACAGAUCCUAAAUUCCACUUAGGGCAUUAGUUUGCUUAUUCAAAAGAACACAUUUUGCCAACCUCCUUAGGCAGGUACAAUGGAGCAUUUGACUAGGUUUUAGUCAAUGAGAUGUAUAUACAAAUGUUGUAGAAGACUUCUAAGAAAGCUGUUUAAGGGAAGAUGAGUCCUUUGGGAAGGGGUCCCUUUUGUCCUUCUCUAGUCCUUGCAUCUUAGAAUGCGUAAGUCAUGGUUGGAACACAGUCAGCCAUGUUGGAUCAUAAAGCAACAAUAAGAAUGGAAAUAAUGAAUGAAGACAGUCAGUAUAGAAUAAACUUUAAGGAGAUGAGGGUCCCUGAUGAUCACAGAGCCAUUAUGUCAUCCUUGGAAUGCCUGCUUCUGAACUUUUUUUUUUACUUGAGAAAUAAAGGAACUUCUAUCUCAUUUAAGCUGCCAUCAUCAUUUUAGUUUUGUGGUACCUCCAGUGAAAUCCAACCCUAAUGCUUUAACAUUAAGAUUUUCCAUUAAAACAUUAUAUAAUAAGUGAAAUGCACAGAUCUUAACUGUAUAGUCUGAGCUAACCGAUCUGUUUUAAGUUCUUAAUUUUGAAUUCUAAUUUAAUUAAAAGUAGUGUAUAGAGUGCUUUACACGAAUUACCUUUUUAAUCUUCUACCAAACCUUAAGGAAGUUGGCAUAUUGUCCCCUCCUUUACAUAUGAGAAGCUGAAGCUAAGAAAAGUUAAGUAACUUGUUCACAAGUCUGAGUAAUAAAAGAAAAAUUUUUUAAUCUAUUCUAAGUCUACUUGAAUUGAAUGCCCCAGUUUUUAACCCAUGUGUUAUAUAUAAUGGCAGGUGUUUACUGGUAGCAUUGUCUUCCUAAGAAAGUGAAAUCCUUCUAUUCCAUGAACGGAACUCCUAUGUAGAAAUGUAACUUUUGGUUCAUAGUUUGUGUGUGUUUCAAUGCCACACUGCUCUCGACCAAUAAACUCAAAGUUCUUGUGGAAACACUGACCUCUCUAAGCUAGGUCAGACAGCACAAUUGAUCUUCACCAUAAAUGAAUCAGCCCAAAAUAUCUUCCUGUACAUUCUCAACAUGUCACAUUUAUUAUUGCAGAGAUGAAUGCCCUAAAUAUAGACUAGAAGUGUC